AUCUGCCACAUCCUGCACCCCAGGUACCAUGAAGAUGUCUGCAGCAGCCCUCGCUGUCACUGUCCUUCUCACAGUUGCAGCCCUCUGCACACCGGCAUCUGCCUCCCCAUAUGCCUCGGACACCACCCCCUGCUGUUUUGCCUACAUCUCUCGACCACUGCCUCGAACCCAUGUCAAGGAGUAUUUCUACACCAGUAGCAAGUGCUCCAACCUAGCAGUCGUCUUUGUGACCCGAAAGGACCGCCAAGUAUGUGCCAAUCCUGAGAAGAAAUGGGUUCGGGAGUACAUCAACUCCUUGGAGAUGAGCUAGGACAGAAGGCACCUCGAAUCUGACCUUGUGUGAGCACACCUUAGUUUAACUUGCUCACUCAAGUCUAACUUGGGAAGCUUCUCCCCAACCCUAUGCCAGUCAUCUCGGAAGCCAAAAACCACACAGCACCAAUCCCAAUAGUGUCCCCAGAAUAACAGCUAGAAGAAUUACUAACAGGAAGUCUCUAGGCUCAGAACUUCAGAUCCCUAGGACUGACCAUGGCUCUAGCAUGCCUCUUGAGACAAAGAAGGAAGAUGGGGGGUUCCCAUAGGAAAAAGUUCCCAUCUCAGGCCUUCACAAGUGCUGACUAGAAACUGUAAAAUCUGUUCAUCAUUAAAAAUGCUCAGGGCAAUGACAA